UAUAUUGCAAUUUUAAUAAAUGCUGUCAAUGUCAGUUAAGCUAAGCUGUCAAGCUCUGUAUAAUUUACGUCAUUUUCAAGCAAUGAAGAUUAAGGCACAAGUUAUUGGUAUAUUUUCCUUACUUUAAUUAAUUAAAUGUUCGUAAUUGCAAUGAAAUGGAGGGAACAAACACGAAUGAAUCCCUCAACUGUGCCGGGUGCUUAAAUGACAUUGGUGAUGACGAUUAUGUGUCUGCUCUCGGGCAGGAAUGGCAUAAAGACUGCUUUAGGUGCUCAGUAUGCGACGCGGCGCUAUCCUCUUGGUACUUCGAGAAGGCAGGGCUCCUGUUCUGCCAGAGUGACUACUGGGCGCGGUAUGGAGAGAGCUGUCAGCAAUGCACUCAGGUGAUAACAGGCCCGGUGAUGUCUGCGGGCGAGCACCGCUUCCACCCCGAGUGCUUUGCGUGCGUGUCGUGCGCUGCUCACAUAGAGGACGGCCAACCCUAUGCGCUGGUGGAGCGCUCCAGUCUGUACUGCGGCGAGUGCUACGCGCUCUCGGCGGGCGCGCGCGCUCCCGCCAUCCGCGUGCUGCAGGCGCCGGCGCGUGCGCUGCGCGUCACGCCCGCGCCCGGCGCCGCCGCGCUCACCGUCACCGAGAUCGACUCGUCGUGCGGUCUGCUGACGCUGCAGAUCGGAGACCGCAUCCUGGAGAUAAACGGCGCGCCCGUCCGGACCACGCCCGCUGACGAGAUAGAACGGGUGCUGGCGCGCCCGGCCGCUGUCUUACAGUUAACCAUAGAACACAACCCCGAAGCAACAACCCACAGCACCAACAACAACAACAAUAAUAACAACAAGCGUACAUCUGACUCAGAAGAAAAGCUGAAACACGACACAAAAUCGCCCGUCGAAAGAAAAAUCCUGAGGGAAGACUUGAAGAAACACACAACAGACUUGGACAUUCCGGAGCAUAAAGAGGGGGGAGGGGGGAGGAAAGAGAGGCUGUUUAAGAGGAAGGGGGAGGAUGGGGGGAAGGGGCGGCAGAUGAGGAAGCGGCAGACGCCGUCCUCGCCGCUGUUGGGCGAUAAGGAGAGGAGCAGCAGCAUGUCGAAGUUACUUGAUGUUGUGGAAGGAGGUGAGGGGUGUGGAGGGGUGCUCCGAGAUCUGAGCCGUGCGCGUUCCUUCCGCGCGCACCCCGCGCCUGGCCAGACUGUAUUCCGUGCCGCUGACUUGCUGCAGGGUGAGCUGCUGGGCUCGGGCUUCUUCGGGCAGGUGUACAAGGUGACGCACCGCGCCACCAACGAGGUCAUGGUGCUCAAGCAACUCUACCGCGUCGACGAGGCUGCGCAGAGGAACUUCCUCAAGGAGGUGGCGGUGCUGCGUUCCCUGAGCCACCCGAACGUGCUGCGCUUCGUGGGCGUGCUGUACCGAGACAAGCGCCUGCACCUCGUCACCGAGUACGUGCCCGGCGGCACGCUGCACCAGCUCAUACAGGACCCCGGGCGCGUGCUGGGCUGGCGGGCGCGGGCGCGGCUGGCGCGCGACGUGGCGGCGGGCGUGGGCUACCUGCACCGCAUGAACGUCAUCCACAGGGACCUCAACUCGCACAACUGCCUCGUGCGAGAGGACAUGACGGUGAUCGUGGCGGACUUCGGGCUGGCGCGCAUCGUGCAGCGCACCGCCGCCAGCACGCUCGAGCGCGCGCCGCACGCGCGCACAAGGAAGCGGUACACGGUGGUGGGCAACCCGUACUGGAUGGCGCCGGAAAUGAUGAACGGAAACGUGUACGAUGAGAAGGUCGACGUCUUCUCCUUCGGGAUCAUUCUUUGCGAG